AUGGCAACACGGCCCGGCCCUUUGACCGAAUGGCCAUGGCAUUGGAUGGGCAGCUUCAAGUACCUGGUCUUGGCGCCCGCGGCGUUGCACACUGCGCACAGUGUGGGCACCAAGGGGUGGGGAGACAUGAACCUAGUAUACGCCGCCAUGUUACCAGCUCUGCUUCUGAGGUUGUUCCACAACCAGAUCUGGAUCAGCUUGUCUCGCCACCAGACCGCACGGAGGAAGCACAUCAUUGUGGACCGCAGCCUUGAAUUCGACCAGGUCGACCGGGAGAGAUCCUGGGAUGACCAGGCCAUCCUUGCUACGCUGUUUUUCUACGUGGCCUAUGCGGCCAUCCCGAGUGUCAGACUCAUGCCAAUGUGGGAAGCAAAGGGAGCUAUCAUCAUGGCGUUGCUUCACGUAGGACCUGUUGAGUUUAUCUACUACUGGUUCCACAGGGCGCUACACCACCAUUUCCUCUACUCCCGCUACCACUCCCACCACCAUGCCUCCAUCGUCACAGAGCCUAUAACAGCUGUCAUCCAUCCAUUUGUUGAAACCUUAGCUUACUUCCUGUUAUUUUCGAUCCCCAUGCUGAUACCAAUUUAUAUGGGAUAUGGUUCUGUCUUGGGUGUUGUCCUAUACCUGGCUUACAACGACUUCAUAAAUAAUAUGGGACACUGCAAUUUUGAGAUGCUCCCAAAGUGGAUCUUCCAACGUUUCCCUCCUCUCAAGUAUCUCAUGUACACUCCAUCGUAUCAUUCUCUCCAUCAUACAAAGUUUCGUACAAACUACUCGUUGGCUAUGCCAAUCUAUGACUACAUAUUCAACACAAUGGACAAGUCAACUGACGAGCUGUAUGAGAGAACACUGAUUGGAACAGAGGAAACACCAGAUGUUGUUCACUUGACGCAUAUGACCACCUUGCAAUCGAUUUAUCAUCUAAGGGUUGGGAUUGCAUCUAUAGCCUCUCGGCCUUCAGAUAACCAUGUAUGGUAUAUGUGGAUGAUAUGGCCAAUGGCAUGGCUAUCAAUGGUACUGGCAUGGGUUUAUGGAUCAUCUGCGUUUAUCGUCGAAAGUCUCAAGCUGAAGAAGAUCAUGAUGCAAACAUGGGUGAUACCAAGAUACAACUUCCAGUACAGCCUGACUAGGGAGAGGGAAUCCAUCAACAGGUUAAUUGAGCAGGCAAUAUCAGAUGCGGAUGGAAGAGGGGAAAGACAACUCAAUGGAAGUGGUGAAUUAUUUACACAAAAAUAUCCAAAAUUGAGAGUUCGACUUGUUGACGGAAGUGGUUUAGCAACAGCAGUUGUUCUCAAGAGCAUCCCUUUAGAUACAAAGCGGGUGUUUCUCUGUGGAGGCAGUUCUAAGGUAGCACAUGCCACAGCUACAGCUUUAUGCGAGAGAGGUGUCCAGGUAAUCAUGAACCAAAAGAAGGAAUAUGACAUGCUUAAAUUGCGAGUUGCAGAGAGCAGCACUGCCUAUCUGAAAUUCUCCAGUGAUGAGAUACCUCAGAUCUGGAUAGGAGAUAUCAUAAAUGAUAAGCAACAAAUGGGGGCACCAAGAGGAGCAACAUUUAUUCCUACAUCACAGUUUCCCUUUAAGAAGAUACGCAAGGAUUGCACUUACUUGAGUAACCCUGCAAUGAAGAUCCCAGAGGCAAUGCAGAACGUCCAUACCUGUGAGAAUUGGCUUCCAAGAAGGGUCAUGAGCGCAUGGCGCAUUGCUGGAAUGGUACAUGCACUAGAAGGUUGGGGCAUCCAUGAGUGUGGAGAUGAUAUGAUGGACAUCGAGCAAGUUUGGUCGGCAGCUAUUAAGCAUGGAUUCAUUCCUCUAUAAAAAUCUGGAUUCUUCUGAAUCCUCCCAUAUAUGUUACACAAUAAUGAUGAGCUGCAGUGUUAUGGGGUGUCAGAUAUGCUUAUUGGCUUAGUAGCUUCAAUGGGCAGACAUGUAUUUGGGUAGAAAGCCCUAAAGAUGGCAUCGAUAGCAAAAACUAAUGAGUACAUGAAAUGUAUGAAUCGCCAACUCACAGAAACUCAUUAAAGCAUGUUACCCAUUAUCAGUG